GGUACUUGGAGCUUUCCAAGAUGGCGGCGUCCUUGUGUCGGUGUUAUGGGAUGUUUCUCAGAAACAGUCUGAUCCUGCCUCCUAGCGCAUACAUUUCAGCACUCCAUAGAGGAGAUGGCAUCAGGAUAUAUAGAGCCAGUGCUGCUGCCUUACAGCUUCGUUCUGCAUCCAGUCGUGGGAAUCCGCGAAAAGGUUUCCUAGGGGAGUUUGUGGACUCCAUAAAGCAAGAACUUAACAAGAACAACGAGAUGAAGGAGAAUAUAAAGAAAUUUCGCGAGGAGGCCAAAAGGUUGGAAGAGUCGGAUGCUCUACAACAAGCUCGAAAGAAAUUUAAAACUAUUGAGUCUGAAACCGUGAAGACAUCUGAAGUGUUGAAAAAGACUCUGGGGACAUUCUCUGAAACUGUAAAAGGGGGCUUGGAGGAGGUCAGCCGCACUGACCUGGGCAAGAAGAUCAAGGAGGGCGUGGAAGAGGCAGCCAAAUCUGUGAAGACCUCUGCUGAGUCUGUGUCUAAGAGUGGAGAGAUUCUGGGGAAGACCAGCGCCUUCAGAGCUAUCUCACAGGGUAUGGAAACCGUGAGGAAGGAGAUCGAUGAUCCGUACAGCGGUCCUUACCGGGCCCCCUCAACCUUGCGGAAGAGGAGCGAGUUCUCCUUCAAAGGGGCAGAAAAUGAGAAUAGGGUGUUUGACGCUAAUGAAGAGGCAAUGGGCGUUGUCCUGCAUAAGGACUCUAAAUGGUUCCAGCAGUGGAAGGAGUUCAAAGACAACAACAUGGUCUUUAACAGGUUCUUUGAGAUGAAGAUGAAGUAUGAUGAAAGUGAUAACGCCUUAAUCCGAGCAACUCGCAUUGUUACGGACAAAGUCACUGAUCUGAUUGGUGGCCUUUUCUCUAAGACGGAGAUGUCUGAGGUGCUGACUGAGAUCCUGAAGGCUGAUCCCAGCUUUGAAAAGGAAUUGUUUCUCCGUCAGUGUGAACGUGACAUCAUCCCCAAUAUCCUGGAGGCCAUAAUACGUGGUGACCUGGCGGUUUUGAAAGACUGGUGUUAUGAAGCUACGUAUAGCCAGCUAGCGCAUCCCAUCAAGCAGGCCAUCACCAUGGGAUUGCAAUUCCAAUCUAAAAUCCUGGACAUUGACAACAUUGACCUGGCUAUGGGUAAAAUCAUGGACCAGGGUCCUGUGCUUAUCAUCACCUUCCAGGCACAGGUUGUCAUGGUGAUCCGCAGCUCUAAAGGGGAGGUUGUGGAGGGAGACCCGGAGAAGGUCCUGAGGAUGAUGUAUGUGUGGGCGCUGUGCCGCGACCAGGAGGAGCUGAACCCUCAGGCCGCCUGGAGGCUGCUGGACAUGUCCGCCUCCAGCACCGAGCAGGUGCUCUGAGGAGCGAAGCUUGAGAGGGAGGACAGGCCUGAGAUCACACACACACACACAGACACACAAACACACAAAGACAACACACUCUGAAUACACAUUAUCCCAUCCAUUUAGUAAUACACCUGUAUGCUCGUUCUACAGUAGGCAGUGAUUGAGUGUGUUUGUGUUGUCCAGGCAACAAGUGGAGAGUGUCUGAUAUCCAAAAAGUUAAGUGUGCUAAACGGAAUUCCAUAUUUUAAAGAUAUCGGCUCCCCUGCGUUACAGCCCUUAGCAGCUGUUGUUACCCUGAUCGUGGCUCUCAAAUUCAAUUCAGCUGAGAGGAGACCAAACGCCACAUUGGACUUUUUCUCUUCAAGAUCUUCAGGGCUCAGUAUCUCUCAUGACUGUAGUGCUUCCUUCUCCUGAUGUCAUCGCUCUAUUUGUUGUUGCAACCAGUAUGCUAAAAAAAAAAGAUAACGGCUGCCCUAUGUUCCACCACUUAGCAGCUGAUGGUGUUUCCCAACAUUUUCUUUGAAGUUGUAUUGGAUGAGGUUUCAUCAAUGUGUUGUGUUUUCAAAGCUGGUUUUGAAAGUCUAGAGAAGGGAACGUUACUAAAACAAAUCUAACCGUCCACCUUGCUGUUGGAUUAUUUGAAAUGCGAAAUGAAAUGCACUGGGUGUUGUUGAUGAUUUGUGACGCUCUGUGCAAAUGUGUUAUUGCUCUGGGAAGGGGGACUUGGACACCACAACCUCUCAAAGCCCAACCGCAUCUGUGUGGUGAAAAGGACCAAAGGAGGUGUGCAAACGUAGUUGAAACAUAACAAAGCUGUUUUGUGACUUAUUUAACUGUUUACAUUGGACUGUGAAAUAGGAACCAUUGCAAGCUGUCAACAUUCAGCAUCUUGGCUAUAAUUAUUAUGGAGUUCAUAGGAUGUUUCCUAUGAUGAGGAAGGUUCUGUCGAAAGUCAAUAUCAUACUUGCCUUUUUUUUUCCAACGUCAGACCUCGAUAUGGUGUCAAGAAAUUGUAUUCCAUUUUUUUAUUUUCAUAUUUAUUUUUAUUUGCGCUGCAGCUGAUGUUGGUAUGCAACGGUUUUCGUUUGUCUGAUGACUGAUGCUGUAUGAUACAGUGGUCAUGCCAUAAGGACCAUGGUUUUAUUCUGUUACGGUCUGGACAGAGUUUCGUGGCAGAACAACUCUAAGUUUAUUCCAAGCCACUGUUCAGUAGUCAAGUGGUUUUCCUCCCAUGCAGGAUAUGACCUGUUAACUAUUCUAGACGAAUUUAUCCUGAAAAGAGUCAUUAUGUGAUUUACUGAGGGUCCACAGCAAUUCAUUUUCAGUUCAAUAAGGAUCUCCCACAUGUAAUGAAUUAUAGACACUAGACUAUGUACAGUAUGAGAGAGAGAAAGGUUUGGAGUGGUAUAUGGAAGAUAUUAUGUAUGACUGUCUAAAUAUUUAAUGCUGAAUUUUCUAAUAAAAAUGUCAGUGUCAAAAUGUAAAAA